AGCAUAUCAGGUUUUUAAAUUUCCUUGUUGAAUAUAUUGUGAAAUUAUAGACAAACAUUAUGGAAAAUAUGGUGACUGCGAGGAGAUUAGUAGUUUUAAUUGUGUAUAAUAUAUAUUUCAGUUCAUACAAAGGUAGAGCAGUUGCUGAUAAUUGUAACAAUGAGAGAUUUUAUGUCAAUUCAGAGUGUCAAUGUGGUAAAUUUGAAAUAGAUUAUGCAGAAACAACUUACGAUAUGGAUGCGAUAUAUGACAACAAGUACGUGUAUCUGAUCGGCACAAAUGCAGAUUCCGUUUGUUACGGAAACAAAUCGUUAAGCAGCCGGCGAACUUGUACAGCCGGACAGAAAUCUGCUUCUUGGGAUGGAAUUCAAUUGCAAUGUGCUCAACCUCCAUCAACAUCAACAAAAACCACACCAACCACACUAACUACCACAACAACCACACCAACUACCACAACAACCCCAGCAACCACACCAAUUACCACUUCAGCUACCAUAAGUACCACACCAUCCACAACAACUACCAAACCAACUACAUCAACUACCACAACAACGAUGUCAACAUCGAAAAAUCAAACAACUGGAUUAUCUGAAACUAAUACGACGAGAACAACUACAACAUCACAAACACCUAGGAUGACGAAUUUCACAUAUACAACGCUAUCGACUGAUUCCACAUCAAUAAUCGACACUAGCCAGGCUUCCACGUCUACAUCCAACAAUGCGUACGGUACAGAGGCUGUUGUUUCAAAUGACAAGUCAGAAGUUCUUCCCAUAUCUGGAAUUGUUGGUGUUACUGUUGGUGUUCUUCUGAUAACUAUAACCGUUGUCGUGAUUUUGAUUGUAUUAAGAAGAAAGAAUUAUUGCAAGGACAUAACAUGUGGUGGAAGGACCUCGCGUGAUUUUGGCAGUAAUGCUCAUUCAAAUCCAGGAUAUGAUGCUCAUGAAACAGAAUCUGCAGAAAGUGUUUCCGAUGGCUCAAUGGACAGUGGAUUUGGAAAGCACGACGUGACAUUGGAAGAUGAAAUGAUGGAUGGUGAAUAUCAUACACUGCGAGUGCACUGUCCAACUGUAAGUCAACCUCCGGAAAACACUUACAAUGUGUUGAAGGGACUGGCACCAGUUGAUGUGACAUAUUCACACAUUACACACUCUAAAGAUGCGUUGUUUGACAUUACCUACUCUCACAUGACCAAUGCCAAACCUGCUAGAGCAUUGGAACCCGAAGACACAGAUACAACCUAUAACCACUUGAGAGGUUCUUGUUCGAGCAAAAUUAUAGGCAAAAAGGAAAGAACGUGUGACGACACAUACAACCAUACACAGCUUAAUUCUUUUCGUCCAAAAGAAGUCAAAGACGAUCAGGAUGAUAACUAUUCUCACAUUAAUCAAACUGGAUUGAAAGCACAGAAAUCAGUCGCCAACGAACAACUGGCUGGUUUGCAGAAACCAACUACGUCAAAUGUUGAGUACGAUCAGGUAAAUAAAGUAAGAAAGCUCGCUGCGAAAGAAAAGGGAAAUGGUGACGCCCAAGCCUACAAUAGUUCUACGAUGGCCAAGGAUGACCGCAAAGAUGAAGGUCACACUUAUUUUGUUCUGGUGCCGAAUGCUUACCAAAGUCCUAAACAAGCACCAUACGACUAUGCUUUAGUAGCAACCCCAGAGAAAGACCAUUCCGAAUUCAAGGUUGUGGACUCUCCGACAGAUCUAUCGCAUGAGUACUCUGUUAUUGAACCUACAACUGAGCUAUAACAGUGCAAUACAAACGAAGGUUUGAGCAGAUCACUACUUAACGUGUGUCCAAAACAACAAAGACACUUAGCGUCUCAACAAAUGUGCUAUAUCACCCGUGAAACUAGACUGUUACGUCUCUUGAGCUAAUGUGUACAUUAUCUUGAAUACCGUAAAUUUGUCAAAUUUAUGCUUUGUCCAAUGUGUACGUGUUUAAAAUUGUAUCUAUUACAUGCACAUGUUAACGACUUGCUAUUGUUUUAGGAAAUUGUACAGAAAAGGAAAGAAAUCGGAAUGUUUAUAUACGAGAAUGAGAGAUUAAGCGUAUUCCACAAUGCAAAAGUGGGUGGGGAAGGCCACAAAUUAAACUGUUUGAAAAGUUCAUGAUUAACGAAGUUCUGACGAACAACUUUUUCAGGAGUAGAACAAACAUCCUUUGCAACAUAUGUUUGGGUAAUAAGGAGUUGAGCAAAUUUUACGAAAGAAAAUAUUAUCAGAUUUUGGUUCAAAAAGCUUCAGACUACCCAAUCAACAAUGUCUUGCGGAUUCUCAAUGAUAUUUUUUCACAUAAAAAAUAUAUUCAAUAAAAUAAUGCAAAAUAGUGGAUAAAAUUCAUUUCCUGGUUACAAAAAUGCAAUCAUCUUUCUCAAAAUACAUUCAAUCACCACAAAGCUGUAAUUUAUUGUUGAUCGCGUAGUCCUGACUAUUUUGACACAAAAACAUAAUAAUUGUGUAUAACGGAAUUACCGUAAAAGUAUAAAUCUAUUUAUUGAAAAUCGGAUAAAAUCUUAUUCCAUUAAAGUUGCUCAACUCCUUAUUACACCUUCAAAUGUUGCAACGGAUAUAUGUAUUAAUCUUGCUAUAAUUGAACCCCAAAACUAAUUGAAAAUGAUUGCUUUAAACAUUGAUGUUUUGGUCCUUCAAACGAACUUUUACACUUUGUAACCCAUUUUUACUAAAAUACGACGUAAUAAGACUCUGUUAUAGCAUCGAGGGUUUAUAUGAAAUACAUCAACGAUUCAAUUAAAUUCAUUUAAAUGUUAACUUCAUGUUAUAAAUGUUCUGUUUUAGUAAGUAAAUAAAUUGUUUAUUACCGUAAAAUGUGUAUAAACAGAAUACAAAAAUGUUGAAAAUUUCACAGCAGUGUAUUCUUUUCAAAUCGCUUUAUAGAUUACUAACAGACAAUUUGGAUUCUACAAAGUCUGCUCCACAGGUUUACCAACAAACCUAAAGUCUUUUAACGCAAGACAAAACGCUAGACAUCAAAACACAGUCAAAAUAACUACUAACGUCCAUCUACUUACAUCAUGUUUUAAAUCGAUGAGUAGCUGUUGACAAUGUGAACAUACAUUUUCUUACUAUUUUUGCGUGUGUACUUUUGUGGUAAAAUUUACCCGAACACAAUGUUUUUGAAUACGCAGUUUGUGCAUAUGUUACCAUUUUAGACGUACAGUUUCUGCUUAUUUGUCUCUGUUGUACAUCUUUUUUUUACAAAUAAGAAUGGAUUUGUGUUGUGUAUUGUUACCGUUCUGUUAUAUAUCACAGCUAUGUUAUAUAUAUCGUUAAGCAUGAUGAGCUUCUUCUGUAACUGCCAUUUUGUGAAUUUGCUUAGUAUUUUAUAAUAUGUAGAUUAUAUGUUUAGCCUUAGGGGAAAGGGUUCACACGUUUGAUAUAAGCACAUUGUUCUGUUUGAACGUUUGUCGAUUGAUUAGCAUUGUAGUGUUUUAUUCACCUAACAAGUUUUAAUAUUAUAUUCCGCUGCCCUGUGUAAAUUUAAAUUUAAACAUUUGUAAGUUCGAUAAAUAAA